AUGGAGGAGCAUGCGGGUUGGCAAGGAGGAUGCUUGAAUGAAUCAAAGAAACUAUGGAAGAUUGCAGGGCCUUCCAAAUUAGCAUCUGUCUCUGAAUUCUUCAUUUCGUUUAUCACAACUGCCUUUGUUGAUCACUUGGGAGAGCUUGAAUUCGCUGCUGUUUUUGUUUCCCAGAAUGCCAUGAAACUUGACGUUUUGAGAAAGCACACAACUCAGCCAGAUAUUUUUCAUGUUGGGGAUGGGGAGGGCUUUGAAACACUUUCUGGGCAGGCUGUUGGUCCUGGACGUUUUGAGAUGCUUGGAAUAUAUUUACAGGGAUCAUUUCCGUUGUUGCAGCUCAUUCGACAAGAUAAGCAAAUUUCUGAGCUUGCAGGACAGUAUUCCUUGUGGGUAAUUCCUCAGUUGUUUGCUUAUGGAGUUAACUUUCCUAUACAAAAAUUCUGCAAUCUCAGAGCAGGCAUUUUUGGAGCUGCCAUGGCUGGGAAUAUCUCCUGGUGGCUUAUGGUUUCUGCCGUCAGCUAUUAUGUAGUAUCCGGGUGUUUUCCUUCUGCUUGGAGUGGCUUUUCCCUUGUGGCUCUCAGGUCAUUGUGCAGCUUUGUGAAACUCUCACUUGCAUUAGCUGUGAUCGUCAGAGAGUUGAAUGAACUUGGAGCCGGUCAUCCAAAAGCAACGAAAUUCGACAUGGUCAUGGCAAUCAUAAAAUCGACUACAAUGGGAAGUUUAUUCAGUGCAGCAAUUGUGGCAACCAAGAACCAAUUUCCGAAAAUGUUCAUUGAUAAGGCUUCGAAAGCUGAAGCCAGCAUGAAAACAUAG